AUGGGAGGCGAGGGGAGGGAGGGAGGGGGACCGCCGAGCCAGAAAUCCCAGGUCCCAGGGUCCAGGGUCCCCAGCUGCGAAGAGGGUGACAACUACAUCAUCAUCAUCAUCAGCAGCAGCACCGAAACGCUUCAACUUAACUCCCCGAAGACACGUGCACAAAUUCCACCGCAGCGUUACAAGAACGACGCCAGAAGCGUCUUCUCCUUUGUUCCAAUCAUCUCGUCGACGAUCGAUCGCGAAGAAGCCGACACAAUCGCAUCCACUCGUUCCAUCCAGUCUUCCAUGAGGCUGGCGCUCAACCGGAAUCGAACAACCGUCGUUCCGAAUCCCAUAGCCCGCCAUUCGAGCUUGAAGCUUCGCACCUCAUCUUGUGUCACCUUGUUCAUGUCGCAGACCACAGUCAUGUCCUUUCUCCCACCAGGUGUCGCCGACGGUCGUCUUCAUGGUUUCGAGUUUACAUUUGAGGCAAUCCCCGACAAGUCAUCCCUGCACGACAGCCACAUUGAAGUUGACCCCGAUCCUCAUGAGGGGGAGACUGAAUCACUACCCGACGACGUCGAGUGUUUUCCCAGACAUUUCGGCAGGACGUAUCAUGCGUAUCGAGCAGGCUCCUAUGUCUUCCCCAACGACCCUGCAGAGCAGGAGCGUCUAGACCUUCAAUCGCUUGCACUCACAGAAUUGUUCAGCGGCAGGUUACACUUCGCCCCGAUCGCCGUCGAAGGGAGUCCCAAGCGGAUCCUCGACGUCGGCACAGGUACGGGGGCAUGGGCCAUGGAUAUGGGAGAUGUGUACCCGGAAGCCAAGAUAGUCGGUAUCGACCUGUCACCGAUCCAAAGUAACGCCGUUCCACCAAACGUUCACUUUUACAUCGAAGAUGCCGCACAAUCGUGGCAAUGGGAAGAACCCUUCGACUACGUCCACACCCGCGUUCUGCUCGGGUCAUUUGGCGAUUUCAAAAACGAAGUCAUACGCCAGGCUUUCGACUCCCUGCGCCCGGGCGGCUGGCUUGAGUCCCAGGAUUUCAACCUCGAGGCGACGAGCGACGACGACACACUUGCCCCCGACUCACCUCUAUCUCGCUGGGUAGACGACAUGAACCUUGCCAGUGAGAUGAUUGGGCGCCCCUUGUCCAGAGCACACAUGCUUCGAGAGUGGUAUGAGGAGGUGGGCUUUGUGGACGUCCACCAGCGCGUCUUCAAGAUCCCGAUCAACGGCUGGGCCAAGCACCCCAGGCACAAGCAUGUCGGGAGGCUUUGGGAGCAGAAUUUCUUGGACGGCCUCAGCGGAUUCAGCAUGGCACUCUUUACGCAGGUGUUGGAAAGACAGCAGGAAGAGGUGCAGGUUUCUCUGGUCGAUGUCCGCAGAGACAUUUCCAACAUGCAAAUACAUGCUUAUCAGCAUGUCUGGGUUGUAUGGGGUCGCAAACCAUACCCGGAUGAAGCCAUUCCUGCGCAAAGUCCGUCAGAGAACAAGGAAAUGACCGACUGA